AUGGCGAAUAAGGUAAGUAAUGAAGAAUUUUGGCGCGAAUUCAUAAGUUUGUACCGUAGUUUACCCGCUACGUGGAAAGUUAAAAGUGAUUUGUACAAAAAUAGAAUUUUGAAAGAAGACGGUUAUGUACAAUUAACAAAUAAAUUGAAAGAAAUUGAUCUGACUGCUGACAUAAAUGCAACAAAAAAAAAAAUUAACACAUUGAGGUCUAAUUAUCGUCGUGAGUUGAAGAAAGUAGUAGCUAGCAAAAAGUCAGGUGCAGGUAUCGACGAUGUAUACUUGCCGUCGGUUUGGUACUUUAAUGAGUUGGAAUUUUUACGUGAUCAUGAGGUUCAAAUUUCUGGAACAUCUACAAUGGAUGAAGAUGGUGAAGAAUCAUUUUUGAAUACGACGACGCAGCAGUCGCAAGACAUAACGUUGGAAAACGCAAAUUUUCAAAUUGCUCUCCUGAAAGAAGCAAUUUUUAGAGGUUUUGAUGCUUAA